CCAAGGCCAGCCACCAUGAGUUCACUCAGUGAAGCAAACACCCACUUUGCAGUCGAGCUGUUUAAACAGAUCAGAGGAUCAAAGGAGGAAAAUAUCUUCUAUUCCCCUUUCAAUAUCAUGUCAGCCUUAGCUAUGACUUCCUUAGGGGCCAAAGGACACACGGCAUCAGAAAUUGAGAAGGUACUUCACUUUAAUGAAAUCACAGGAAACACAACAGGAGGAACUACAAGAGAUGCCGUUCAAAACUCAGGAAAUGUUCAUCGUCAAUUUCAAAACCUUCUGACUGAGAUAAAGAAACCCAGUGAUGCCUACCAGCUAAAGGUCGCCAACAGGCUCUAUGGAGAAAAGAGCAUUGUGUUUCUUCAGGAAUACAUAGAUAACGUGAAGAAAUUUUACCUGGCCAGUGUGGAAUCUGCUGAUUUUGUCCAUGCUGCAGAAGAAAGUCGAAAGAUGAUUAAUUCCUGGGUGGAAAGUCAAACUAAUGAAAAGAUCAAGGAUCUGUUUCCAAAAGACUCUAUUGACAGCUCUACCGUUCUGGUUCUGGUGACCGCGAUCUAUUUCAAGGGGCAGUGGCACCAGAAAUUUAAGACGGAAAAUACUGUGGAGGAAAAAUUUUGGCUGAACAAGGAAACAAGCAAAUCUGUGCAAAUGAUGAAACAAACCGAUUUUCUCAACUUCACCUCACUGGUGGACAUGAAAGUCAAGAUCCUGGAAAUACCGUACAAAUGCAAAGAGCUAAGCAUGGUUGUGCUGCUACCUGAUGAAGUAGAUGGUCUGCAGAAGCUUGAAGAUCAGCUCACUGCUGAGAAGUUAAUAGAGUGGACGAGCCCACAGAAUAUGAAGGAGGGACUCGUGGAUUUACACCUACCUCGGUUCAAAGUGGAAGCGAGCUACAGCCUCAAUGACCCGCUGAGAGCCCUGGGGAUGGUGGCCGCCUUCAGUGACCAGGAAGCCGACGUCUCAGGCAUGAGCAGCGCAGGUGGCCUGGUGGUGUCAAAUGUCAUCCACAAGUCCUAUGUGGAGGUGAAUGAGGAGGGCACGGAGGCUGCAGCUGCAACAGGCAUAAGCAUUGGUAUCACAUCAUUACCACAUUAUGAGAGUUUCCACUGUGACCACCCUUUCCUCUUCUUCAUCAAGCACAACAAGACCAACACCAUCCUCUUCUACGGCAGAGUCUCUGCCCCUGAAGUGUGA